CCUUGCAUUGCGCAUACGUCUCGUGCGAACAGUCAAAAUGGCAGGAAUUUUUCUGAUAGUGGAUUAGUUAUUGGUUAUUUUUAAUUUUUCAGUAAAAAAUUAAAGCUACAUGUACCUUUAAUUUGAGGGUUUACUAAUCUUUGUAUUUUGUUAUUAAAGUUUUUGAAAAUGCCGAACAUGUCUAAGGGCAGGAAGUCACAAACAAAGUUUAAAAGUUUUAGAGGGAACGAUGAGUUUUUAUCUCGCAUUUCAAAAACCCUUUACUAUUCUAAACGGCCUGUUACGGAUUGUCUUAGCUUACCAGUCACAGAAUUUGCAGCAGAAUUAUUUACGGGAGUGAAAUGUGGUAGAACUCUUGAAAGAUUAGAUGUUGAAGAAGCCAGUCGAAUUUCUCGAAAUGCAUGCGUAUCACCAUGUUCCUUUGUUUUGGCGCUCUUAUAUAUUGAACGAUUAAAGGAUUGCAAUGCAGAGUACCUCCAACGAGUUGCACCUUCGGAACUCUUUCUUGUUACACUUAUGGUAGCAAGUAAAUUUCUGCAGGAUGAUGGAGAGGAAGACGAAGUUUAUAACGCAGAAUGGGCAAAAUCUGGAGACUUAACAAUUCAACAAGUGAAUCUUUUGGAAAAAGAAUUUCUCAGUGCAAUCGACUGGAGUGUUUUUGUUCACAAUAAAGAUUUCUGGGAGAGACUUCACAAGUUAGAAAGUGAUUUGGCGUAUAAAGAGGGAAACAGACGCGGAUGGUUUUCUUAUACCGAACUGAAUUGUUUAAUAAAUACUGUUCAAUUAUUCCCUGUGAUACAAGCUUUCCUGAGUGUUUCCACGGUCUGCCUCGCUGCUUAUGUGGCAGGUAUAGCAACAAUUUUAGGAUCAGUCAUGCUCGCAAGUCACCUGCCAGGAACGGUCUUUACAUCAAGACGAUUGUCCCGAUGCAAUAGUUUGUCGUCUGACGUCUACUACAAAGGUUUCUCGGAAUGUGAAUCUUCUAAUUUAAAAACGGAUUCGGAAAUUCUCCUACCAACAAACAAUACUAUCCCCACCAUGGUGUACAAUAAUUCUCAUCUUGAAAACAUUGCUUCAAAUGAUCCAGAUCUCGUGGAAUUUCCUACCUGGGAUCACUGGUCAGAAUCCACUGGAACAUUUCUCUCAAACUUAGACUUACAGGCAGAAUCAAUAAAGAAUCACAACAAAGUUUUCCAAGAUGUCAGUGAAUUUUAUAUAAAUACGGAACCUCUCGAGGCGGAUUUAUUUUUACCCAAUAAGGAAGAAUUAGUUACUAUUUUCAAUCGAAGAGAAGUUGACGAUCGAGAUUUUAAAUUGUCUUUACAAAACUGGAGACAUUAUGUGAGUUUUAUUUCUCCGCGGUAGAAAAAGAAACAUUUUUAUUUUAGUAAUAUUUUAAUAGUUGUAUGAGAACUUAAGUCACCUGCUAAAUUAUUUAAAAAAAACGAAAGCAUAUGUAAAAAAUGUGUAUAUUUUUUGUACGAACUGUCAGGCCGAAAUAAUUUUGCAAGUAAAUAUAUUGGUAAUUGUAACAAAAAAAUUGCCUUAAUUUAAUAUAUGUAAUAAAAUUUACAUUAAUUCCAGUAAA